AUGCGGACGACCUUGAUGCUUGUCGCCGCUGUCGCAUGCGCGGUCCAAGGAGCGCGGCUGCGCAGCCCGUCGAUGGGUUCGGCGCUCAUGCUCGUGUCGAGUGAUGAGGCGUCCGCGGCUCCGGCGGGUCGCGCCAAGGCGCCGGCCGCCAUCAACCUCUUUGAGCCAACGAACGAGUGGAAGACGAUCGAGGAAGGCCAGCAGUUACCUGGGGGCUUGUGGAUUCGAAUCAACUUGGCCACGGGUCUCAAAGAAGCCCGACUGCUUGAGUAGUGGGCCACCGAAUCCUUGCAAGGAUCGAAGCACGGGUUGGGUACUGUAAUGCGCGGAAUUGCAUCACACUGUCCGUGGUCGUUAUGACAGUCGUGCUAAUAUAUUGGCUGCGAGACCAUACGA